UGGGCUGGACAGUCAGAUUCAGCCCAUUAAACGACGCAGUUCUUGCGGACCUCAAAUGCAUCUAUGUCUUUCGAAUAUCUGCUGUUUCAACACUGAUAUCAUCCGCAUCAUCGCCAGCAUUUCUGCCCAGAACACUCGACUCCUAGCGUUUUGAAUUUGCUUUCUAGUAAUUAUCCGGUCAGCAUGGCAUAUGGAUUGUGAUAAUUUUAUGUUGCUGGACCGACAAUUGUACUAUUCAGGAUAUGAAAUAGCAACUACGUGUCUGACCCAAAGUGUUUGUUAAGAGUAUCAAAAUAUUGGCAAUGGACAAAAUAAAUUUUCGAUUUCUUCUUAUUUUCUCAGCAAUUCUUCGAGUCUUCUUAAUAUUGUAUGGGGAGUGGCAAGACGCUCAUAUGGAGGUCAGAUACACGGAUGUCGACUAUCUUGUCUUUUCUGAUGCUGCAGACUUAAUGGCAUCUGGAAAAUCACCUUACAAAAGAUCAACAUAUCGGUAUUCACCAUUGAUUGCUGCUCUUCUCAUGCCAAAUUCAUUUCUUCAUCACCUGUGGGGAAAAUUUCUCUUCUCAGCUUCAGAUCUACUUGUAGGAUUGCUUAUACAUAGCAUUUUGAAGCUACGAGGGGUGCCUGAGAAACUAUGCACCUUCUCUACAAUGGUAUGGCUUUUUAAUCCCUUCACCUUCACCAUUGGAACCCGUGGGAACUGUGAGCCUAUUGUCUGUGCCAUGAUUCUGUGGAUCAUUAUCUGUCUGAUGAACGACUGGCUGUUGCAAGCUGCAUUAUGGUAUGGGCUUGUUGUUCACCUGAGAAUAUAUCCUAUAAUAUACGCACUUCCUAUCAUCUUAGUUCUUCAUCCUCUGCACUUCCAGCCUGGUAAGAAGCCUGCCCUUGUGGACUGGAGCUCAAGAAAAUCAAAGUCAGUCCAGGGCUCAAGCUACAUGAGAAUUAAUGGUUUACAAGGUAUUCGGAUCCUUUUAGCAAGCAUUUUUACUUGGAGGAGACUCGUGUUUGGGAUUGUUUCUGGAUCAAUCUUCUUCAUCUUGACUGGAUUGUGUUUCUACUUUUAUGGAUGGGAUUUCUUGGACGAGGCACUGCUAUACCAUCUCACACGCACAGACCCAAGACACAACUUUUCAAUGUACUUUUACCACAUAUAUCUCCACUUUGAACAAGAGUUUUCAAGCCUGGAAAAGCUCAUAUCCUUUCUGCCUCAGUUCAUUGUGCAGCUAGUUCUUGUCUUUCGCUUUGCAUAUGACUUGCCAUUCUGUUUCUUUGUGCAAACGGUGGCAUUUGUAGCAUUCAACAAGGUUAUAACUGCACAAUACUUUGUUUGGUUCUUCUGCCUGCUGCCUCUAAUACUACCAUGGAGCAAUAUGAAUCUGAAGUGGAAAGGCUUGGCCUGCAUCUUUUUGUGGAUGGGAGCUCAAAGUCAUUGGUUAAUGUGGGCCUACUUGCUGGAAUUUCGAGGCAAAAAUGUUUUCAUUCAGCUAUGGAUGGCUAGUUUACUGUUCUUGGCUAGUAAUACUUAUGUUCUUAUUAAUAUUAUCCGCAACCAUGCAUACUGCCCAGUGUUUAAUCUGUUAAAGCACGAAACUUCUAACAAAACAACAAAAUAUGACUAGUGUACUGUGCAUCUUGGUUUGAAAUGCUAGAGCUCCAACAUCAUAUCAGAACUGAGCAGGAACUUAGGCUUUUUCGCGAAAGUACUCGGGUGACAAAUUCCAUAAGAUAAUCUCUUUGAUGACUUUCUUCUUGUUAUAUUCAUAUUUCUGAGCAAAGAAUCUUUAAUAGACUUUGUGAGUCUUGCUUUGAGAGAGGAACUUGCCCUUAAAAUUUUAUAUGCAGGUUUGUGACGAAGUUUUAAUGGCAUUGCUUAUCUGGUGAUUUUCUUGGAACUGAAAAGUAGUUCAUUACACGUGAUAUCUUGUACAUGUUGUAUUUGUGUGUGCAUGUGCGUGCACGAACUUACCAAUGUAAAUUAUAUUUUGAGGAGUUAGAAUCUAUUUUUUUUU